ACUCACGUAGGAAACAGCCUGAUCCUCUACUAUUCUAACGGUGUUAUGCACACGCAAACACCAGUAGUCAUCAAGUAUAUAUUCAGGACCGAGCAUGGAGUGGGUUUCGCUGUGCGGCGCCACCUCCCACUGCAGUCCUCUUAUUUGGACCUGUUUCGCCAUUAUCCCUACUUCCCGGCUCAAUUAUAUUCCUCGGUGGUCGCUGACCACCUUGAGGUUGUCAUGCCUGAGUGGAUAGUGUCACAUUUCGCACGGUGGAACUUUUCCCCACAGCACAUAGUUGCUGUAUCUCUG